CUCACUGACAGUAUGUGUCUGAGGUGACAAAGAUGGCGGCUGCACAGGGUCGGCGGAGCGGGCAGAAUUGGCGGCUCUGAGUGACGCGGAAGGCAGGCGAUCGUUACACAGCUACCGAGGGAGCCCGAUAGCGCAGUGUGUGAGGAGCUCGGUGCCGGCCGGUGAGGGGCGAGGCGGCCCCCGGGGCGGAGGGCACGGUGACAGCCCGCGGUGUCCUUGAAGAAGGCGGCUAGAGGAGGAAGCGGAGACACGGAGGACGAGCCGGAGGGGAAGCGGAGGCCUCGCGGCGCACGGUCCGGGGCCAUGUUCUCGGUGCUGUCCUACGGCCGGAUAGUGGCCCGCGCGGUGCUGGGGGGGCUCUCACAGACCGACUCCCGGGACUACAGCCUGGUCACCGCCAGCUGCGGCUUCGGCAAGGAUGCGAGGAAGGGCAUCCUCAAGAAAGGCAUGUGCUACGGGGACGACGCCUGCUUCAUCGCCCGGCACCGCACGGCGGACGUACUCGGUGAGUGACCGCAACUACUCCCAUCAUCCCCAGCCAGCCUGCUAGACCGGCUCCGGGGGGGGACUGGACCCAGCCAAGCCUGGCACCACCAGGGAGAGAGAGAGCGAGCUGGUACCGGGCUCAGCAUAGAGAGGGCAAGGAGACACUCACUGUGGGGGUUAUUCACUAAGCUGCGAAUUAGGAGACCAGGAAAGUGCACACUUUAUCCCCAUAAUGGAGAUUCAGGGAAACUUUGCUAAUGGUGUUCUUUUCAUUUGCCAGCUGUUAUGGGUUACACUGUGCAUUUUCUUCCUCUUAAUCUUAGGCAACAAUUGGUGACUUGGAAAUCCCCUCUACUGUGGGGCAAACUGGCUAUUAACAAUUCACUGUUUAGUGAAUAAACUGAGCCUUUGGCACUCGGUGUCGCAGGUGCAGACCCCCUGGGUGUAGUGCGGGUAGAAUAAUAUUUUGGUGCUCGAUCUUGUUGUGCCUCUCUGCUGGCUGACCAGUCUGUAAAACACAAUCCACAUCAGCUGCCAUGCAAAAGGCUAUCCAUCAGUUGUUUAGGGACUUACAACCUGUUGAGCAGCCAUUUUUGCGCUUUAGCCAAAUGGUCCUGCAGAUAUAAGCUGAACCCUGUAGGUAUCUAGGCAGUAUUACAUUGCCUUUUGUGAUCUAAAUUAUUAAAGGCUGUGAUAUACAGAGUUGCUAGAUGCCAUUGGGUCAUCUACCCAUUCCCGGCCCUCUCUUAAAAGGACAAAUCCAUUUAUUUUCAUAUUUACGUUCUAUUUUAAGUUAUGCAAACCAUAAAAAAAUACAUUGGUCUAUAGAUUACUAAAAGUACCUAGAGAAACAUUUUUACUUUUUUAUGUAUUAUUACAUAAUUAACAGAAAAUGUGGCUUAAAAAUUACCAAUUUUUUUUCAAAUGCAAUGUAUAAAUGAUGCAUUAAAAAUUGGAACAAAAUCUUAACUUUAUGGAGUUCCCUUGUUAAGCACUGUUUAGUCGACCUGCAUACAGCUACAGGAAGACUAAAUUUGGAGAGCCUCUUACCCAAUACAUUUCUGCUGACAUUAAUGUAUUUGAUAGUGUAUCCUCAACUAGAAUGAGUGGAACAGCUCUGUAAACUGAUGGCAGUCAUGGUAUGGCUGUUGUCUGUUUACACAUACCACACUUAAGUGUUUAGUGAAAUGGGCUAUGUUCUGUUACGGGCAGAGCUGCAUCUACUAUUUGGCUCUUUGUUCUCGGAGGACCGAGAGCUCAGCCAAAAUUGUGUGUGCACAGAUCCACAAACAAAACUUGAACAAAAUUGACAAUGGGCAGACAGAACUGACAUAGUUAAUCAUUACAUUCAGAAUUCAAAGUGAUUCUCGAAUUUAAGGCCAAAGUAGCUGGACUAGAAUCAUAGAUGUGGUAUUUUUCCAGUCCAAUUAUUGUUACCUUAACCCCUUAAGGACCAAACUUCUGGAAUAAAAGGGAAUCGACAUGUCACACAUGUCAUGUGUCCUUAAGGGGUUAAAGGGACACUACAGUCACCAAAACAACUUUAGCUUAAUGUAGCUGUUUUGGUGUAUAGAUCAUACAUCUGCAGCCUCACUGCUAAAUUAUCUGCCAUUUAGGAGUUAAACCACUUUUGUUUCUGUUUAUUCAGCCCUACUCACACCUACCCUGGCUGUGACUGACACAGCCUGCAUGAGAACCAGAUGGUUUCACUUUCAAUCAGAUGUAACUUACUUUAAAAUAAUGUAUCUCCUGCUCUGUAAAUUAAACUUUAAUCAUAAACAGAAGGCUCCUGCUGGGUCUAGCAAGCCAUUAAGAGAGCAGGAAAUAAGAAAUUAAAAAUUAAAUAGAAUAUUUAAUCAAGGAAGUUUAAACAUAAGAUGACUCUAUGGGAAGUGUUUAUGAAGGCUGUGUAAGUCACAUGCAGGGAGGUGUGACUAGGGCUGCUAAACAUAGUGAUUUAACUCCUUAAUGGCAGAGAAUUGAGCAGUGAGACUGCAGGGGCUUGAUCUAUACACCAAAACUUCUUUAUUAAGCGUAAGUUGUUCUGGUGACUAUAGUGUUCCUUUAAAUUCAAUUUGACUUCUCACUUUAGUGAAUAAUUCUGUCUGCGUUCUGCAUGCCAGAUUGACUGCAUCAAUUCUGUACAACUGCAAUUCUUUGACGUUAUAACAUUAUCAGAGAGUAGGCUCAGUGUACACCAUGCACCAUUACCUUUGCAUUAAUGCUAAGUAGUGAUGAAUUGUCUAGUUAAAUAUUGUCCUCAGAUUUUAAGGCAGUAUAUAGAUAGUGCACUAAGUAUAUGUAUAUAUGUGUGUGUGUGUGUGUGUGUGUGUGUGUGUGUGUGUGUGUAUAUAUAUAUAUAUAUAUAUAUAUAUAUAUAUAUAUAUAUAUAUAUAUAUAUAUAUAUAUAUAUAACUAAAAAAGUUACAUACUUUGAAAGUGCCCCUUAGACCUUUCCCAUUACUAGUAUGAGACGUUCCAAUUGGAAUCAUUAUAUUAUGGUCUGUGUGGGGAAUGACUUUUGUCCAGUCAGCCUGUCUACAGUUGGUAAUUAUGGGCUAUUUAUCCUCUAUCUACUAAUUGCAUAACAUGAUUGAAACUGCAUAAUAAAUUGCAGACGCUUACGGUUUAUGUGCAGCCUGGUUCAUUGUUUAGUGAACUUAGCUGUGCUUUGUGUUCUUUAGUGCUAGGCAUGCGCAGUGCAUUUUACAAAACGGGGGGGCGGGGGGGGAAGGUCAGCUGCUUUGCCCUUAAAUUUUAAAUUUACUUUUAAAUCUUGGCAAUUCUCACAUUAGUGAUUCUUUAUUUUUAACACUGUAAAUAGCACAAAAAGGAGCACACUCUAAAAUAUAAGUAAUCUUUAUUGAAUUCGUACCAUGACUUACAGUAUACACAGUACAGAAAUAUACCCUAUCACAAAAUGCAACUAACAAAAAUGAAGAACAAAAAAUAGAAACAAAAUUAAAAACCAAGCCCCAGACACCAAAGUACGAAACAAAAUGAUAUAAACUAGAUUACAUACCAGAAAAAAAAGUGAGGAUACCAAAAUCAUACCCCAGUGUUUCAGCUGGAAGCCUUUUUCAAGAGAGGAUCUUUUAGUUCAUUGCAGGGUAAUUUUUUUAAACUUCAGUGUUAAAUCCACCUCUAAUGGCUGUAAUCAUUAUAGCUACUAGAGGCGCUUCCACUAAACUGACAGUGUAAAAAUUUGUCUGGUGACGUGGAAGUCCAUAGGAAAUCAUUACCGUGAUUUCCAAUGGGAAAGCCUCGAUGUGCACACGGUCCGUGCACAUCACUUUGGCCACUGUCUCGAGAGCCAGAUGACAUCAUGGGAGGCAGAGUGGCUGGAAGCCCGAAGCAGUCUUGGCGCUGGAGUAAAGGUAAGUAAACUUUUUUUUGUUUAUUGUUUAACUUGAUGGUGGGGAUAAAACAAACUUGCCAAUAGGGCACUAUAGCAUUAGUAAUACAGGUGUGAAUUCCUAGUGCUACAGUGUUUCUUUAAUCACAAGUAAUACAGUCACAUUGAAUUUCAUUUAGUACACGUUUGGCACCUGUCCUGUCCAUGACCAAUGCACAAAUGUCUCAAAUUUAGAACUAUUGAGAAUGAGCCUUAAAGGAACACUAUGACAUUAGGAAUACAAAUCCUAACUUAAUAGAUUCCCCCCACCAUCUGUCAAUAAACUUGUGAUUUAGAUCAGUGAUGGUUUUUAAAGUACAUAAUAAGAUAAAAAAAUGUUUGUGUAAAGUAAAUUAACUUUUAUCAUUUUGUUUUCAGUUGUUUAUUAAAGGGAUUCUCCAGUGCCAGUAAAACAAACCCAUUUUCCUGGCACUAGAGAAUCCUGGAGUGCCCCCUAUCCCACGUUGCUGAAGGGGUUAAAACACCUUCAGACACUUACUUGAAUCCAGCGCCGAUGUCCCUCUGCGCGGUCAGGCUCCACCCACGCUCCUCCCCAACCGAUGUCCGCUGGCCGGGAAGCCCUAAUGCGCAUGCAUGGCAAUGGCCACGCGCACAUUAGACCUCCUUAUAGGAAAGCAUUAUUCAAUACUUUCCUAUGGGGAUUCCGGUGACGCGGGAGGUCCUCAUGCAUAGCGCGAAGACGUCCAGUGUUGUUUAGAUGACCAAAAGUAGUCUAAGAAGCUGGAAAUCCUUCUAGUGACAGCCACUAGAGGAGGACUUAACCCCGCAUGUUAAUUAUUGCAGUUUAUAAAAACUACAAUUGUUACACUUGCGGGGUGAUGGGUGUUGGCACCCAGACUACUUCAAUGAGCUGAAAUGGUCUGGGUGCCUGCAGUGUCCCUUUAAUUCUGGAUGUAGUUUAUAUUUCAGGAUAGACUUGUGUUGAGCAUAAUGCUAUAUUUGUUGUUGCAUCUUGUGGUUGGACCAGAGGGGCUAACUGCCAGUUUUUGGGCUUGUGAUUUUUGUUUGUAUUUUGUGCACUGUCCUGGCUUUGCAAAUAUUCCGAACCAUAACCUAGCUUCACCUCUCUUGUCAUCAAAUCAGCCUUUCUAUCUGUGUUUUUGUCUUAUUUUUUAUUUUUUUGUGUGUUGCGUGCUCGCACAUGACAUUAAAUUUGUUUUGCUAUUAUUUUUAUUGGGGAAAUGAAGGCUGCUUGUUUUACAAAGUAUAGAACUUUUUUUUUUUCCACUUUUUAAAUGCAAUCUUACCGGAAGACUUAAGAUACAAUUUGUAAAUGUUAUGUUUUUUUGUAUCGGAUGAGGGGAGGUGUUGGUACAUUGUUUUUUUUAUUUUUAUUUUAUUAGUGAUUUUCACAUUUUAAUUGUCCUUUUUUCUAAAGUUAUUUGUUCACUGCCUUAUAUUUUUAAGCUCAACAAAAACAUUCUCAAAGUCAUAAUGCAGAUAUGCUGAAGUUAAGGGGGGAAAAUCUGCCAUGUAAUCUAAAGUCUUUAAUAGUUAUAUAUUUAUUUUUAUCUCAAAAAUAUAAAAUUCUACCUCACAGGCACAUUAACUAGCGCUAUAAUAAUAAUGUGACUCAUUUUAUUUGCAUGUAGAGCUGCAGACAUAUUUUAUUGCAACAUGCUCAAGGUCACAAACAUUUUAUGCUGGUUCUUGAAACUUUGUAGCAUUCAAAAGCUGCUGACAACAGGACUGGAUUCUUCAUUGAUAGCCUGUUCAUUGCCUUUCCUUGGAAGGGUCAACAGUUAGGUUUUAAAUUGCUCAGCAUUUUAUAUGAAAAUAUGGCUGUGCUAGAAGUUUAGACCAUAAUGAAAAAAAAUUGUGCUUGUAAACCAUGACCAAAAACAUUCAACAAAAGGGCUCAAAAUGUAAAUUCUUUAAUUAGCCAGGCCUAACACUUAUAUAUCUAUCAAAUGUACACAACAUUUUUUGCCCCUCAACUACACUAACUAGCUGCAAUGAUUAUUUUUACACUGUCCGUAGAGAUUAUCCAUUUGCCAGCAAUCAUUACACAAAUUUGCCUACCCACCACUUCAAAAAAGCAGCUAUUUGUAACCUACUUUUGUGUGUUUGUGUGUGUGUAUAUAUAAACAUGCAUUUGCAGGUAUGCCCUGCAGGCAGAUCAUUAUUACGACUAAUGCAAAAUACUCUAAUAAGCGAUUUUUUUUUUUUUAAUUUGGUAACUGUGGAGGAGUUUAUGAAAUGGUUCAUUAUGUGUUUAACUGGUGUGUGUGUGUGUGUUUGUUUGUGUAUGUAUAUAUGUAUGUAUAUAUAUUUAUAUUCCAGGGUCUCUGACCAUGACGAAGCCCCAUGUAAGCGCCCUUGGAAGGUUGACAGUGCUUCUGCUGACAAAGGCAAAGCCCCAAAGACUGCUAAAUUGUCUCAUGCCAAACCCACUUUCAAUAAAGAAUUUGACCCGUUAAAGGGUUCAACCUCUGGCUAUCACCUACAAGUGAUGGACAAAUAUGGUGCGUAUCCAGAUGAGGAUCUCCCAGGAGACCCUUCCUUUUCAGACUAUGUUACGGAGACUUUCCUCCUACUCUAAAAAAACUGAUCCUAUGAACAAUACUAAGGACGAUAUCCUACUGGAUACCAAUGGUUGUCCUCUUUUUGACCCUCGCUGUAUCAGACACCCUCGUUCAGCUGAGUGGACACCCCCUGAUCACAUUUCCAAAUACUGCAGAUUACGGUUUGUAAACCAAUAGAAAAGGAGGAUAGGGCCAAAUUGAGGGAUGUCACCCCUGAACUUCACCCACUCCUGGUUACCUUUCUAACUAAAUGGGUAAAGAUCUCUGUAAAGGCAUCGGAAUAGGCUUAAAAGCCACACAAGAGAAGCUGAUGGAUAUUGCGGGCCUGCUUAUCCAGAUUUUUAUAAUCGCUGACGCACAAAGAGUGUUAUGCCUGUUGGUCAACGCCAAUGUAGGUAUUUCAAUUGAACGGCGUAAAGCAGUGUUAUAUAAAAUUGAUGUCAAACUGGCAGAACUAGGCGCCAAAGAACUAUGUUCAGAGGCUUACGGACUGUUAUUUGGGGACAGGUUCAUACGUGACCUGAAUAAAUACGUAUCCGUGUUUACCUCCCUCAAUAAGGCACAAUUGUCCCUUCUCAGGGUGUUUAGAAUCCAGCGUUUUUCUGGGAGAGCUGGUCGCUAUAGGGGCCGAACGACUGGCUACAGGCCUCGACCAUCAGACGCAUGGAAUUCGGGCAAUACCCGUUUCUACCACGAACAUUUUUUUUCCCUCUAGAGGAUCCAUCAGAGGAUGUGGCUCUGCUUCCCUCCGCCGCCGCACUGCUACAGGCAAUCGACUUUCCUUAUUCCCAAGUUCCUAUUGCAGGCCGGUUAACCCUUUUUUUUUUUUUUCAACCGUGGUUUCUAUUAACUCGAGAUCCAUGGAUCCUUCAAACCGUAUCAGGUUUCCAUGUAGAUUUUGCAAACCAUCCUCAUGUCUCAGGAGGACAAUGCGACCAUAGAGACCGCGCUAAACAACCUUGUUGCCAAGGGUACUAUAGAACGUUCUGUCCCCUCACAGAUUCAUAAGCAACAGGUUUCUGGUCCAGAAACAGUCGGGAGACUUUCAACCAGUUAUCAAUCUGAAAGACCUAAACAAUUUUAUUGUUUACCAGCAUUUUAAAAUGGAGGGUAUCCAUCUCUUGCGAGACCUACUCUGUGAGGGAGACUGGUUCUCCCGUUUCGACUUGAAAGAUGCAUAUCUCACAGUACCUAUAACACCGGCCCAAUGCAGUUUCCUACAGUUCAGAUGGCAUCAAGAUUUAUGGCAGGUCACAUUCCUCCCCUUCGGACUCUCUUCCGCACUUUGGUGUUUCAUUAAGCUGAUGAAACCGGUCAUGGCUUUACUACGCUCACAGGAGAUUCGCGCCAUCAUAUAUCUGGACGAUAUCCUCCUUAGGGCUCAGGACCUAGACACUCUACGCCUUCAUACAGCUGUGACCACGGCCCUAUUACAGAACUUGGGGUUCUUGAUCAAUUCCUCGGAUUUCAAAUAGAUUUCGUUUUGGCGGUCCUACAACUCUUUUCGGUCAAGAUCAAGAACUUUAAAAAAGACAUCAGGAAAAUUCUAGCCUCAUCAAUUAUCCAGCUUCGUGACUUAGCUCGCAUAAUCGGACUGCUCUACGCCUCUAUACCAGAUUAUAUCCUAGAGUCAGAUGCCACAAUUCUGGGCCGAGGUGCGUCAUGUUCGGAUCUCUUUAAAGGAGGUCGUUGGUCCCCAUCAAAACGUGCACUGCACAUCAAUUGUCUCGAAUUGAUUGCCGGUUUGUUUGCGAUUCGCAGCUUUGCUUACAAUUGUUCCCUAGUGCUGAGGAUGGACAACAACUCAGCUGUUCAAUACGUGGAUCGCUUAGGGGGUUCCCGUCCCAAAAUGCUCUCAGACCUCACAAAAAAAUUAUACCAAUUUUGUCUGAAAAGGAACAUCUCUCCUCGAGCAGAGAGUGUGUGCAUAAAGUGAUAUCAGAAUUGUCUAACAUCAAGCCAGCCAGGAGCAUACUCAGCCUAUAUCUGAUGGAGCAUGUUAGAAUCACACCCUUUCCUAAUGAGACAGAAUUCACAUUUAAAUAUAUUUAGUUAUAGAACAUCUUCGUUCUGACUGCAUUCAAACAAUAGAAUGGCGAACAUAGAUGACUCAGUACUUUGUGAAUGUAUUUUGUUCCCUGGAAUCAGAAUUUUCCACAAUUAAGUGCAAAAAUGUUGAAUGACUGUUGAAUGACUCAUAGAUUCUUUGACUCAUAUGGUAAAGGGGGAUAAGUUUUUAUAUUUACAUGCCAAAAUUGUUACAAACUCAGAAUUUCAUAUUAGCCCUGCUUAAGCCCCUGACCCAGUUUCAUUGGCGAGUCCAGGGUUUAGAAACAACCCAGUUGUGUCUAAGGUGUUUUUCUUUUCUAAAAAACAAAACAAAAAAACACACUUUAGAAACACAGUAAUCCCUAAAUCCUGGACUGGUAGGGGCUACUUGAGGACUGGGUUGGGAACCCCCUGACAUAGUGAUAGUAAGAGAAUGUCUAGGACAGACAGAUGUUGGAGCACAUAUGUCUUGUGGCAUAAGGUAAAGCUUGGGAUACAUCAAAUGUGCAUGUAUGGAGGCUUCAUUUUGGUCUUACAAUUAUUAUUUAUUUAGAUUUUUUUAUUAAUACCACCAUAUUUGCUACUUAUGUACCAUGGGUAGCAAAUUAUAUAUACGGUAAUUUGACAAACAAAUCUUCACAUGUGACCUAGGUCUGCCGAAGGCCUAUCCAAUUCCUUUUGGGGCUUAAGUUGGAUAGCUUCAAGUAUAUUUGACACUUUAUUAAAAAAAAAAAAUAUAUAGAAUAUAAUACUGUUGUCAAUUUGAAACUUUGUGCAUUGUCUGGAUACCUGGGUAGUCAAAAAAAUAUAAAUAUGCAUAAAUAAAUAUGCCUGCUUUUUCAUGGUUUACUUUAUUGCAAUGCGAUUUGUCCAAUCUUGGCAGUGUCUGGCAGCCAGCCAUUUUGAGCUUUUGCAAUAUUGUACUAUUCAUCAAGACUUUUCAAUAUUACAUCACAACAUAGUGAACUGAAAAAAGAAAAACAUUACAAUACCAGUCAAGAGAUUCAGAGCACAAUGUGACUGCCCACAGUCAUUAGGAAGCACCUGGAAUAAGGGGAAAAGUAAAAAGGGUAAAUCUCAACAAUUCUACCCUUGGCAUAGGUGACAGUGAGGAAAUACAUGCAUCUAGGCAGAUUAUGCAAGUGUGGGAACAUUUACAGAGGAAGGUAGGGGAUGAAAGGCAAAGAGGGAGAAAAUGAAGGUGAAUGCCUUAAAAGGAUCAUAAAGGAAAAAAGGGUUUGAAGUGGAGAUCGACCGAUAUUGAUUUUUAUUUUUUUUUGAACCGAUAAUCUGUGAACUUUCAGGCCAAUAGCCGAUAACUUACUGAUAUUCAGUACAUUUACCAUUUUGAAAAAAUAAACUAUUUCUACACAAAUCUACUGUUAACUGAACAUGUUUAUUUAUUUCUUUGCAAAUAUAUAUAUUUUUUUAUUAAGGUAAAUGCACAAAAUAUACAUGUCAGUCAGAAUUUUGUUUUCAAUAAUGUGUGUAGUGGAUGCAGUGAGUAUUUGGUGAAUUAAGUGUAUGUUUGUGUAGUGGAUGCAAUGUGUGUUUCUCUGUAGUGGAUGCAAUGUGUGUAUAAUGAAUGUAGUGUGUAUAUACACACUACACAAACACGCUGUGUGUAGUGUGUGUGUGUGUGUGUAUAUAUAAUGAAUGCAAAGUGUGUGUAAAAUGGAGGGGCAUUUUUUUAUUUUUUUUUUUGGUCUCCCCUCCCUGCUUCUUACUUGGCCAGGGAGGGAGGAUAUGACAGUCCCUUUUGAGGCACAUUUGAGCAGAUGCUGCUGAUGUUUGCCAUCAUGUGUUUUUUGUCUACCUUUUAAACUACAAAGGUUCACUGAAUAGCAAUAGGCCAUAAAGGGGAAAAAAAACAUAAAAGAAACUAUUUUAAAUUGCAUUGGGUUAUUAAUUUGUGUUCUGUGUAGAGUUUGUAUUUUCUGAGCACGGGGCUAGACUCUACAUUUAUUCUGCAAUGAAUGUAGAAAAAAGUUAGUCAAGAGCAACAACUCUGCAUUGUUAUAGAAAAUACAUUUUCCAUUAUAUCGACUUAUUUUUCAGAGAUAUAUUUUGUGUAGAUUAUGAGUGUAAUAGUAAUUUUGAGAUCCUCCGUAAUUUUUGAGUUAAUCUUGAAGUUCAUAUAUUAAUAUAUUUAAUACAAUCUCAAGUGGUUUUCUACAUUCCUCCUCUGACUCUUAAUAGCAACAUAAAACUAUAUUAACAAUGUCAAAGUAAUUUCUCACUAUCACAACAUGUUUGUGUUAUAUACAUUUCUGUUCUCUCACUGUCAAGGUGUGGAAAGGUAACACCCUGUGUACUGGCUGUUCUCCAGAACUGAGACUUUGAAUGAAGCUGUUCGAUCUGGUUAACUUGAAGGUCAUAAUGGACAGAUUAUUAUGUACUUUUUUCCCUUCUAAGUAAAUCAGAUUUCUAUCUUUUUUUUUAUUUAUUUUUUAUGGUGUUCUUUGAACAUACAAACAUACAUUUUGUUAAUAGAACCACGCAAAAUAUGGUGUUUUUCUAACCAGGGAUUUAACUUUACUCUUUAAAUCAGACUUGUAAAUAAUUUUCAAAGAUUUGUAAUUAUAAUUAUUAGAAAUUCUUUCAGUGGAUUUUUAUUUUCUGUGCCUCAGUGGGCAUGUGAAAAUGGAUUUUACAUGCUUUAAAUUUCCAGUUUAUAAAUGUGUCUGAGAUGUGGUUUUAUAUAAGGCUUGCUGCAAAAUCUAGUUGCAGACUGAGGUCAUACUGUCUUUUAUGUACAUCAGGGCUCGACAAAUCCCAGGCGCCAGGUCACUGUGGCGUCUGGGAUUGGUUGGCCUGUUCCCUCCAUCCUCCCACAGGGAAAUUGCAAACUUGAAGGGCAGCAUUUAAAGACUGACAGCUUGCCGCCCACCCACACUGAGCAAAGCUGGACCUAAAGCCGGCGCGGCCGUCUGCCUCCCUCAGAGCCAGCCCUCCAGCCUGCCCCUUUAACCCUUUAAGGACCUAACUUCUGGAAUUAUAGGGAAUCAUGACAUGUCACACAUGUCAUGUGUCCUUAAGGGGUUAAGCAGAGCUGUCCACCCUUACCCUUGCACGCCGGGAGGUGUGUGUGGCGGGGUCUGUCUGGGUGUGUGUGUUGUCAUCUGUCUGGGUGUGUGUGUGCGUUUAGGUCACCAGCCCCUCUGAUUGCAUGGGAAUGGUGUUCUUACUCACCUUUUUUCCAACGCUAUGCUGGUCUCGCUGCAGCUGGCCAGCCUCCAUAGCUAAGAUUAUUAAUUACCAAUCAGCAUCUCCUCAUAGAUAUUCAAUAAAUCAAUCAUCUCUAUGGGGAACGUUCAGCAGCUCUAUGCAAAGCGUGAAGACGCUGAAUGUAGGUAGGAGACACUUUAGUGGCUGUUUGACGGCUUCUAAAGGUGUUACUAGAUAGCAAUGUAAACACUGUCUUUUCUUUGAAAAGCCUGCAGGGACAAUCUAUAGACACCAGACCACUACAUUAAAGGGACACUAUAGUCACCCAGACCACUUCAGCUCAAUGAAGUGGUCUGGGUGUCAGGUCCCUCGAGGGUUAACCCUGCCUGAUGUAAACAUAGCAGUUUCUGAGAAACUGCUAUGUUUACAUCUGGGGUUAAGCCAGCCUCUAGAGGCGCAUCGGCAAUGAUUGAGGCAUAUUAUGCCUCAAUCACGCAGAGUGUCCAUAGGAAAGCAUUGAAAAAUGCUUUCCUACGGACACUUUGAAUGUGCGCUGGUGACGUCAGACAAGGAUGCUGACGUCGGCGGGGGAGGAGAGGUAAAGGAGCCCGGCGGGGGAAAAGGGUGAGUAGCUGAAGGGGGACCCUAAGGGUGGGGCACCCUCAGGGUACUAUAGUGUCCCUUUAAGUUGUAGUAGUUCUGGCGAGUAUAGUGUCCCUUUUAAGAAUUGUAUUUCUAUCGUUGGAAAAAAACUAGCUCCUAACUUUUUUAGCUGGCUCCUAGAUUGAAAGCAAAUUUGUCAAGCCCUGAUGUACAUGAUACUUGAAACACAAAUUAAUCAAAUGUAAUUUUAUUUGUAGACCUAAGGUCUGGCCCAAGCCUAUGAAGCCUCUAAUCCAAACCAUUCUGAACCUUAUUCAUUUUUUUUUUUUUUUCUUCAAUUAAACUUCUGUCUGCAGUUUUACCCUUCAGCUGUCUAAAUUAGCUUGAUAUGUUGAUAUGUGUCAUGUGCCUUGGUAUUGGCAACACGCAUUGUUUACUAAUCUUUAACUUAAUUCUUGGAAAAUAACAAGGCUAUUGUACUUUCACAUUUUGAAGGUUGUCAGAAGGUUAUUUAAUGUUCAUUAAUCUUUAUCUCAUACCUUCAGAUUUUUAACCUUGGAAGAUUUUUUUGCAAAAUAACUAUUUGAAUUGAUUGCAGUCAUACAGUUUACCCUUUAAUGGAAAAUUAGUCUUCGCAAUAAAAAGCAAUAUUCCUAACACUAUAGUGCCCUUGGUGUGUCCCCCAACCCCAGGAUAUAAAGGGUUUCAUUUACUUGACUCCAGAGAAUGUUGUCCAAUGGGGAGAGGGAACCUAAUGCACACAUUGCCUCAUUGCUUUCCUAUAGGAUUUUCUCUGAUGUGCCGAGCGUGAGGACGUCCAGUAUCCUUUUACCAGUCAAUGUCAAAUCUAGUAGACUGCCACUAGAGGCAGUCUUAACCAUGCAAUGUAAACAUUGCAGUUUCUCUAAAACUGCAGUGUUUUACAUUGCAAGACUAAGGACGACAGAGAGACUGUGCCCAGUCCACUUCAGUUCAGAUGAAGAAGCCUGGGUGCCUAUAGUGUCCCUUUAAAUAUGUAUAUUACCUGCACCAAAGUAAUGAAAGUACAAUGUCUGAUAGAAUUUUCCUGUCCAUACCAUUAACUAGUUUAAGAUUAUUCAUUCAAGUUGUUUAUACAAACUUAGAUUUUUGCAGAAAAACAAUUAACUGCUGAAUGAAACUCUGAAACAACUUCAGGCCAUUGUAGUUGUUAUAGUGGCAGAUGCAUAGUAAGUUGUCAGACUGUUUUAGCACAAUUUGACAAUUUAUUUGGGGUCCACAGAGCACCAGUUUUCUCCAGCAGCUCUGAGGUUAACAUGCUGUAAAUUUACAUAGCUAAUAACCUACAAUUGGACAACUUUUAGCUAACACUGUCUUUAUGUAAUUGUUGUAUCAAAUGUGAGUUUUGUUUUUGCUUGACAGAAAUAAUCCCCUAAACUGGCUACAUAUCUCUAGAAAGAACAUGUUCCUAGCUUGUGUGUUUAGCACCCCAAUGUUUGUUGCUGUGAAUGUUUUUUUGUGCUGUUGUCAGAAAAUGUAAUUUUGUCCAUCAUUUUUUGUUUUUUUUGCAAUAGCAGUUUGCCCUUAGUAAUGUUUGUAAAUAUGCCCAUGUAUAUGGUUAUACAUAUCUGCAAGAAGCCAUUGCUCUAAGGGAAUUGCGGCAUGCCGUGUCCUUAAAUUACUUGGAGUAACCAUUGACCUGUGAUUGAUUUCAUGUGUUACUGUAUCACUGUUUAAACACAUGGUGUGUCUUGUUUGAAUUUGUUCGAUAUUCUUUGUCUGACCCUCUGGCUAUGGAGUUAGCAGCUUCAUAUUAAUCAUACUGUUCGAAUUGGAGAAAUUCACUGUUUAUAGAGUUCAUUUACUGGGUGUGUAAAGUACUUUAAAUACUGAUCUGUUGUUGGCUACUUAUGCUUCUAUGAGACGUCUGUACCCUGGAGGAUUGGGAGUGUAAGUCUUGAUCCCAGAGCUUAUACCUUAGAAAAAUAAAAAACAUUCACCAGUUUGUAUGACUUGAAACAAAGCACCUCCUAUCUACUGCUAAUUAGUUACUGGCAUCUGCUUUACACAAAUAUCACAAUUUAGUAUCCAGCAAGCUGCAUUGCAUUACCAGACUUGUACUCCAACAUAAUUAAGACUUGAUCGAUGUGACUGGGAUAAGAGUUUGUGAUAUAACAGUAAUAAAACAGUGUAAUGAAACUUUAUAGCAGACUGUUAGGGCUUGUUUAAUUAUUGAUCUUUUGGUGGCAUACACUAUAUGAACACAAGUAUUGGGACACACCCCUUAAUUAAAGGGACACUAUAGUCCCCAGAACGAUUACAGUUUAAUGUAGUGUUUUUGGUGUGUGUAGUAUGUCCCUGCAGGCUUUCUAAUGUAAACACUGCCUUUUUAGAGAGCCUCACACGACCAAAUACAAUGCCAAGUGGUGGAUUGAGUGGUGUAAAGCAUGCCACCACUGGACUCUGGAGCAGUGGAAACGUGUCCCCCUUUAGUUUAAUAGCCCCCACUUGCAGUUUUUAAAAAUUAUUUAUUUUCACUGUGCUUGAGUUACUUUUGUUGCACUGCCACAACAACAGGUACAAGAAUAACAAGUGGCAUAGAAAUAGUUGCAUGAUAUAAUCUAUAUUAAGUCAUAGUACAUUGUGUGGCAGUUCUAUGAUGUAGCACAAUUUUAUAAUUAAGUGUAAUGAACAUGCUAAGUACAAGGUAUUAACUGAACUGUUAAUCACUAAAGAAAUACAAGACAUGGUAGUUGGGGGUGCUUAUAUGUAAUAGUUAACAUGCUAGUUUAACUUCUGUAAAACUUAAGGUCAUAAUUCCACCAAGAGCUUAUAGACUGGUCUCUACUAGUUGCUAAGGCAGACGGAGGGUGCAUGAUAUAGUUGAAAUAGGUGCUCAAAAGAAGCAAGCUGAGAAAGGGAGGCUAAGUACAGCGAAGCUAGAGCUUAGUGCUAAAAGAGGUAACUGAAGAACUGCAGCCCAUUCAGCCUAUGCCCCUAACAUACAUCCAGAGUCCAGAUAGGUUUACUGGAUGAUAAAAUCCUCCGUGGGUGCCAUGGAGUGUUUCAGUUCUCCUGUACCUGUAGCUGUGUAUCGCUUUUCGUAUAAACUGUGUAAAAAAAAAAAAAGUGAUGGGUUUUCUCGGGCCCUUGGGACGCAAGCGUAUCGCUGAGCCUGCAUAAAUCCACAUCUGGAUCGGAGUCUCCAAGUCGAGGCUCCGUGAUAGAGUAUUUCCAUUGGAGCUGUCAGGGUGGAUUGCUUUGUUCGCCUCAAGAAUGCUCUGUAAGGGCCUUCCUGUUAGAUCUGCACCAGAGUCUCAACCACAAGCUGUGUAGCAGCGUCACUGUCAACCAUUUAAGACAGGCCACAUGGGAGCCGCUUGCUCAGGAUUCACCCAGGAACCACAUGGUGCUGAAUAAAUUGUUGCCUGUUGGGAACCAGGAUUUUUUUAUUUAUUUUUUUCAACCGUGAGCAGCCACUGCCUAUUUAGUAGACAUCCCUCUACUCGUGGCAUAGUGAGUAGGGGCAGGAAGGAGAAUUAAACCUCUUUUACUAAUCUGGUAGUCCUAUUUAGAGUGAGGGGGCAUGGGGGAUUUAGAAGGUUUGGAGCACAGCUCCCCUCAUCCCCACUAAUAUUUUUUUUAAAAGGAGGGAGCCGCUGGCCAGUAGCUCCAUCCUUGUAAUAAGAUAAACCAUCACAUGAAGAACUACAGUUCGGCUUUGUUCAUUGGAAGUGAUUUCUAUUCGUCUUUUGGAGGAAUUCGCAAAGAAGCAAACGCUCAAGUCUACAAGUAGACAUGCACAGGAAUUUCACAGCGCAAGCUAGUGUGGGCAAAUGAAGGCAUGCAGUAAACGUCAUCCUGGAACACAAAGAUGGAGGCGCCUAGGACAUUAAAUCCGGUGAAGAAAUUAGGCAGUAGAAAAAAUAAGUUGUGAAAUAGGGGACCUAGAGGCAUUUGGGGGUGAUUGGGAGGACAAUAAAGUGUAUGAGUUAAAAAAAAAAAAAAAAAGAUUCAGCCAUUACAGUGCCACUUUUAAAAACUUAAUUAAUUUCGUUAUUUUUAGAAUUAUGUAUUUAUAUAGACACACUUCUUUAUAUUUUAUCAGUAGUAGUAUUUAUUGAAUAUGGUAGUUCUAAUUUUAUAAUUUUACAGUACAAAGGUUUGAAGUACCAUGUUCUACUGUGGUAUUCUCUUUUUGGCAUGGUAAUGUGCCUAAUAAUCUAAACAUAGUGAGUUACAUAAUGUUCUUGCACACAGAGUAAUUUCAUGCUUUAUGCAACAGUGUGACUGCUGCCUUGUCAUUGAAGAUUUCUUUGCAAAUGCAGCACACAUAGCCAGUGUUUGUCUGCCCGAAGUAUAAACUAUUUAUACAUUUAGUCAUUAAUCCUCUUGAAAUUCAGAAAAAUGUUUGAUAGUCCUAAUAAAGUUAUUGUAGUACGUGAAGUUAACCCUCUGAAAGGUUUACUGCUACUAUGUCUUCUGCAUGGCACAUUCGUUCCCCAUCACUCUUAAAUGUACCAUUCCAAGUGUCUUGUUAAUCAGUUGUGUGCUGCUUUUUGAUGACCCAUAAUCAUACUGCUGCAAUAGGUUUCAUACAGUUUGUUUGAGAUAGUCGUACAUCUCCUGUUUUGGAGUGGUGCAUGGGAAAGGUAACUAGCUCAGUAAAGUAAAGUUACAUUUUAUUUUUAGGCAUCUGGUUGGGGAAUUCUUCUCCUUCUGAUUUUUUUCCAGGAAAAGCAAACCCCAUUCUUGUAUGGUAUUGCAAAACAUGCAGCAUUGAACCAGUAGGGAUACGUCAACAUUUUCUUCUCAUGUUUUUUUGGAAAUGGGCAUAUGUAAAUAUCCAUAGCUAGAUAACGCAAGAAUAGUUCUGCAGUAUUGUAGGGAAAUACAGUAUCCUUUGUCAGGCCAAUACAGUCCUGAUCUGCCAUUCUUUAGAACUUGUCUAACCACAGUAUCAAGAAAGCCAUAUUUUCUAAAGAUGUUGCUGCUAGCUUCUAAUCUGUAGGGUUUUUCUUAAGGAGUACUGUUACAUUAAAGGAUCACUAUAGGGUCAGGAACACAAACCUGUAUUCAUGACCCUAUAGUGUUAAAACCACCAUCUAGCCCCCCUGAGCCCCUCAUGCAUCCAUAAAUUGUUGCCUAAAAAAAAAAAAGUCUGCUACCAUCAUCAGAAGUGGUAGCCUGAUCCAAUCACAAUGCUUCCGCAUAGGAUUGGCUGAGACUGACAAAGAGGCAGAUCAGGGGCAGUGCUAGUAUGAUUCAAACACAGCCCUGGCCAAUCAGCAUCUCCUCAUAGAGAUGAAUUGAAUCAAUGGAUCUCUAUGAGGAAAGUUCAGAGUAUGCAUGCAGAGGGAGGAGAUACUGAAUGUUUGGAUGCAUUUUAGGCAGCCAUGACACAGGAAGGAUCUCUAGCAGCCAUCUGAGGAGUGGCAAGUGAAGUUAUCACUAGGCUGUAAUGUAAACACUGCAUUUUCUCUGAAAAGACAGUGUUUACGGCAAAAGGCUUGAAGGUAAUGAUUCUACACACCAGAACAAAUUCAAUAAGCGGUAGUUGUUCUGGUGACUAUAGUGUCCCCUUAAACAUUAAUAUAUGUAUUGUAAUGCUUUUUUAAGUUUACUGAUCCCCACUUGCUACAAAGUAGCUGAAAUUGUAGUAUAGUUGUCUUAGAGAAUUCUUCUAAAUCCGCUACUUUGAACUAAAAUUUUAAGUUCACUUUGAAUUCUUAUUUUAGUGAAUAACCCCGAUAAAGAAGUAACGGAGACAUAGUGUGCCCUUUUGGUUUUCUCCACACUCCCCCAAUCAAAUAAUUCAAAUAUUUCAGAGAGUUUGUCUUAUAAUACUGAACGUUAAAUUAGGAAAUACCUCUGGUGGCUGUCAGUCUGACAGCCCCUAGAAGCGUUUUCUCUGAUAAAUGUAAACAUUGCUAUUUCUCAGAAAUGGCAGUUUUUUACAUUGUCAGGUUAAUAUUAAGAGGAUGUGGAUUUGAUGCAUAUUGUCCCUUUAAUAGUGUAUAGUAAAAACAAAGAAUUAAUGUGUGUGUGUGUGUAUGUAUAUAUAAUACACACGUAUUAAAAAAAAUAUUUUUUUAUUUAUUUAGAAUUUCUUUAUCUUUCACAGGUUACAGCUUUACAUAUUGUUGUGCAUACUGUAUUCAUUAUAGAAAGGGCAAAGGCAGUAAAUAUAUAAAUUAUUACAAACUACUAGGUCCAUAGUUCGCUUUCUGUUUAUAGAAACCAAGGUGGUCUUCUAACCAAAUCAUACAAAAUCAAACCUAUGUUUCCCAACUAAUAACCUACCAACACAUUUCUAGCAUACUUGUGGCAGGGGGUUGUGUCUAAUGACCAUAAGAUGUGUUAAAUUUAUGCCAGGAAAGCCACACCUCUUCAUAUUUGUCAGAGGACAAUCUGUCUGGGAGGAACCCUUUUUCCAUUCUAUAAUGGAAAUUCACUUGUAAGCUUAUUUCGGUACAGCUCAGAGGGUCUAUUUUCCUCCAGUUUCUAGCAAUUAAUUUCGUGGCCAUACAAAUAUGAAUCAUAAGGGUUUUUGCAUUAUUAUUGCCAAGGGGGAAGCCUAUAUAGAAUAAUAGCAUGGGUGCUGUCAAUUUGACUUCCCUGUUAAAAGUGAGAUUUAGCAAUCUAGAUUGAGUCUCUUUUGUUCUGAACAGCUCUUCACACUGCCACCAGAUAUGUGAAAAUGUACCCUGAACUUUGCCACAGCACCAGCAAUCAGGAGAUACAUAAGAAUCCAUUCGUGAAAGACUAGAUGGGACCAUGUACCAGCGGUAAAUACGUUUGUAAUAUACCUCUAGUAUGGUUACACUGUGUAUAAUUCUUUUUACUAAAAGAAAGCCCUGUAUCUAAUCUUCGCAAGCACAAACGAAAUGAAGUUCUUGUUCCCAUUUUAUCAUUGCUGGGCCUUUUUCUUUAUGCUGCUGAGUGUUAACAAAUCUAAUGAACAUGAAAAACAUUUUAUUACUUAAGUGUUGAGCCAGAAACUGGUGUAUCGGGGUUGGCCUUGCUAAGGCUUCACCAUUUAAAAAGGAUUUAAUUCUCAGAUAGAUGAAUAUCUCCCUGUGGGGGGAGAUUAAAUUUAGAUUGUAAUAAACAAAACUGGGAAAUUGUCUCUCCAUCUGUUAAUUCUGAAAGAACUGUCAGACCGUUAUAAUAAAUAAAAUAAAAAUCGUCAGCAACCCAAAUGUGAGUGAAUGGGAAAACUGUAAAUAUAACAAAGGGUAUGCCAACAAACUAUAAGCAAUCAAUAAUACAAAUUGAAAAAAAUAUUAGGGGGGUGUGGGCCAGGGGAGCUCCUCUGUUCAGACCACAAUUUAAGCUUAAAAAGCAAAUAAUUUUGCACACCUGGUGACUACAAAUAUAUAAGGUUGUACAAAGAGAACUUAUGCACCCACUGGACUGACUCACUUGGCACGUCCACAUACUUACGAGACCCAGAGAAUCCCUGUGGCCUGUUGUCUAUACCGAGGCGAGGGACGUGGCCGAUCACUCGCCUUGAAGACGUGUCUACUGUUUGGGUCGCGCUUCUCCCCUUUUGGACCGGUGGGGGUUAUCCCGGUCUCCGCUUGGCCAGAUCUGUGCGGUUCUGCAUAUUAAAGCUGCCUCUUUUACCACAUCCCAGGUGCAAAGCUGAACCUCACAUAAAACAAGAUGGAUGAUGCUCAUGAAUGGGUGGCCCGGGUCUUGGCGCCAAAAACAUCUAAUCCAUCAAGCUCACCUCUAUCCUCUGCAGAAAAACUGGAGGCACUCUUCGACCUAUUUUGGGGAAAGCUGAAUAGCCGAAAGCAGCACAUGGCAUCUGACUCUUGGUCUGCUGUGAUGGAGGGAAGGGGCGGCGGAGUAAAGCCAGACAAGCCCCAACACUUCCGAAGGCGCUUGGGCUUGAGAAGAUACCGGGUCAGUUGAAAAGUGGAACCGGUUCUCAAACGGGUCGGGGGCUGGAAGGGUGCCUCACCCGGGCUCCGCUGUGCGGCCCUCUUAGACCGACUGGAAUACUAACCAAGUCAAGGCAUUGGCUGACUGCAUCCCCCUGUGAGCUGGCAUAUCUACCAGAGGCCAAGACACUGCUCUUGCAGCAGCUGUCACCCUUCUUUGCAAAGUGUAUACAUGCAUAGGGCCUCAGCGGUACAAGCUUGCCCCUGUGUCACAUGUUUAGCAUGAAUAUUCUUUCUUCUUUUAUUUUCCUGUUAGUUUAGCAUCUGUUAUGGUAUCUGUCACUUACCCAGUAGCAGUCUACUUACCCUGCAAGAAGAUUAGCAUAAGCCUGUCACUCUUAUCUUCGUGUUUAAUUCCUGUUAUCUCACAGGUCUCUCACCACUCACUAAUCAUCAUUCUAAGACAUAUGUGAGUCUAGCUGGGGUACACUCCUUAGGAGCAGACUCUGGGGAGAGAGGCAGCACUUGGUUCAUGUAAUGCCUAGACACUGAACCAAGCUUUGUGUUUAUUUUGCCUACUCAUGUUCCUAUUCCUAGUUCGUUAUCUCUUGUGAUAGCCAGUGGUUUUGUAAAACACGUUAAGCUAUCUCUUGUUUUCUGUUAUUGAGAUCCUAUGUUUAGUAACAUAUACAAUCGUGGUCACUUUUAUUUUACUUCCACUUACCAUGAAAUGAGGCCUCUAUCACCUGUAAGUGACAAUGUAAUAUCCUGAGUUGCUAGAUACAUCACUUAGCCUGUGCAAUUGAUGCUUAGCUACUGAAUUGUACUAUGAAGCCUGUCUACUCAUGGUUUGUCUGAAAAAUCACGUCAGUACUGUACAAUCCUGUGAUUUUAAGCUAUAUGCCUCAAUAAAAAUUAGAAUAAAAAAAUUAGAUGGAUAGUUUAUUUAAAUUACACUCCUAUGUAAAAGUACAAAAUCAGGGCAAUUAUCAUUCACCAUUAUAAAAGUAUAACCACACAAAGUAUGCAAGUAAAAUCACAUAAAACCUGUAAUUAUAAUGGUUCUCAGCUUGUACUUUCAGACACGGAGUGCUGAUUUGCAUUGCCGUGCUUAGCCCUGUAGUCAAUAUACGUAACCAGAUAGCCCUGUUUAGCUCUGUAGCAGGGCUAUCCAGGUGUUGCUGGAAAAGAGCGAAAGGAGAAUCUGUGACUGGAAGGACCCAGGUACCUUUUCAGACCAUCUAAAGCAGGGGUUCUCAACGUUAGUCCUCAGGACCCCCUACCAGUCCAGGGUUUAGGGAUUACCUGGGUGUGUCUAAGGUGUUUAGAAAAAAACAUUAGAGUCUAAGGUGUUUUUUUUCCCCUUUUUCUAAAUACCUGAGACACACCCAGGUAAUCCCCAAAUCCUGGACUGGUAGGGGGUCCUGAGGACUGGGUUGAGAACCCCUGAUCUAAAGUGGGCAUGGCGAUUUGAGUGCUGCUUUUAACUGUUUUGGUUUAGAUUUCUCAAUUCAAUAUGUAGUGUCACCAUUCUUUGAACAGUAAAUAACCACUCAAAUGCCAGUCCAUGUCCCAUAUAUUCCUUUUGUUAGACAUUGCACAAACUAUGUUAAAAAUAUAAAAUAAAAUGGCAGAAUACCUUUGUGUUUGCUGUAAUAGUUUAAGGGAACUAAUGUGAAAAGAUUUAUCUAUUUUUGGGUUGAAUCUGAUUAAUCCCUAGGCAGUGUUGAGUCUGGCACCAGGUUACUAUCAGAUUACAGGGUUCACAAACCGGUCAAGGGAAAUUCUCUUCUCCAAAGGCAGACUUGGAGGACAUCUGGACAAGGGGGGGUCAAUGUGUUUGUAAAUUUUGAUCAAAUGAAUAACAUUAUUUUCUACAAGCCAUAAGCCAUUAGUUCUGUUAAUUAGAAGUAUUUUUUUCUAAUGGUAAUUGAUUUUUAUUUUUUUUAUUUUUAUUUUUUUUGACCUGCCACAUGUGUGGUACUUCUGAAUAACAAGCUGAUGUAUGUACUGCACACUGCGAAGCACUGGACUAGGAAGCUCCUCUAGUGGUCGUUUGAGUGAAAAGGCAGCAUUUACACUGAAAAACCUGCGGGGUCAGGCUGUAGACACCAGAACCACUACAUUAAGCUGUAGUGUCCCUUUAAAGAGACUGACACAGAUGCAUACAAUGUCUGAUGCUGAUAGGACAGUGAUAACAAGUGGUCAAUUUUGGCUACAUAUAUUUUAAAGACCAUGAAAGCUAAUUUAUUUAAUUCAGCCUGUCAGACUGUCAUAAGUUGGGGUCGCUUAAGAAGUGUAGUUCACAUAUAGUGUUGAAUUCUUCUUUUUGAAUGCUGAUCUAUUUAGUGAUGUGAGGUUUUUCUAAAUAAGACUCCUUAAAACUCGGUAUUCCCAUAUUUGGUGGAGGGCUGCUAGCUAUGGAAAUUGUUCCUCUUGAAUGCACACGAAGAAGACUACCAAAGUGUUAAAUGCUGGCUCUGUUUUGGAUAUUUUUUUGUUUGUAUAUCCUAAAUAGAAUUUUAUUUUUCUCUAAAAAUUUAUAGGCACAGUAUAAAGGGGUGGAAAAAAUCACAGCCAUUCAAGAUACAAAAAACAAACUUACAUAACCAUCUGGAGCGGUUGAGACAGCUCUAGCAGUGUUCCAUAUUGGGAAUCAUUUGUUGGGGUGAGAUCAUCAGUCUAUGUGACAUCAGCCCGGGAGGCUGUUGUAAGACCAGCAGGUAAAGGAUUUAAGGCAAUUAAAACUCACCUUUUCUACUGGGGAAGUGAUGGUCCUGGUUUUUGUAAUUCAUAAGCAAGUACUCUGCUACAAGCUCUCACGUUUAGUUUAUUAUAGUACUUGCUUAUGAAUUACAAAAACCAGGACCAUCCCUUCACUAGUAGAAAAGGUGAGUUUUAAUUGCCUUAAAGGACCACUAUAGUGCCAGGAAAACAAACUCGUUUUCCUGGCACUAUAGGGUCUUUGGGUCCCACUCCCGCUGGGCUGAAGGGGGAGGAAGGGGUUAAUCACUUACCUUUCUCCAGCGCCGGGAGAAAAUUCCUCCCUUCUCCGAUGUCAGCACUGCAUGCGCGGCAAGAGCCGUGCGCAUUCAAUUAGUCCAUAGGAAAGCAUUACUCAAUGCUUUCCUAUGGACGUCAGCGUUUUCUCACUGUGAUUUUUCACAGUGAGAAGCGCCUCAAGCGGCUGUCAAUGAGACAGCCACUAGAGGCUGGAUUAACCCAUAUGUAAUCAUAGCAGUUUCUUUGAAAAAAACAAAGGGCUUCUGCACCCAGACCACUUAAUUGAGGUUCAGUUGUCUGGAUACUGUUAGUAUUCCUUUUAUAUUUAACCCCUGUCUGAAAAUCUCUAGGAAUCAAAUGUGGACAACGUAUAAAUGUUUGUUUAUAUUAUGUUGGUUUCCCUUUUUAAUGGAACUGUCCUGGCUAAAUAUGCUCCCUGAGUGAAAAAAAGAAGAAAAAAACCAAAGGUACAAAGCAUUGUGAAUCACCAAAGUGACAAAGAAUAAUAAAUAUAUACCAACUGGGUAUGUAGAAAUAUUCUGUCUCAGAGAUAUAUCUGACAAUACAUAAAAACUAUAUAGUGUAAUAUUGUUACUUCUAAAUAGAAGCAAAAUGGUAGAGAACUCACAAAAUUAGGUGAAAUCAGGCGUAUCUCCCACAAUAAAUAGGGAACUGUAGCAAUAUGGAGAACCUCCAGCGAUGAUCUUAUAGUAGAUCGUCUCAUUCACUCCAAGUAAAGAGAAAAAUAGAUAGUGUAGAUGGGACAAAAUGUAACAAUUUAUUAUAAAUAAGUUGCACUUACAAUGUUGCAAGUUAAAACCAGGUGUCUCCACACCAGGUGGUAUCCACAUGCAAUAGCUGAUCCAAUAGCAGCACAGGAUUUCAGACAGCUGCAAAAAAUGAAGAGUACAGAUAAACAAUUAAAAUAAAAUAAAAAGUUCCAACGCGUUUCGUCCGUCUUGGGACUUCCUCAGGGAUAUGUAGUACUGAUGAGAAUGAGAAUCCUCUUUUAUAUCCACCAUUGGAUUGAUAAAUCAUUCGCCGGUGUCGGCGUGCGUUCCACUGUGGUUUCACGGACCCGAUGUGAAACAGCGAUUCUUGAAUGUUACUAGCAGUUACAGCUGAAAACACUCUCCCCACUGAUAUAUUGGUUCCACAACAGUUUAGCAAAGGACCAAAAUUACACAUAUAAUACAAUAAUCACCAUAGAGAUGAAGAGUAUCAACAUUGGAGAUGUUAUCAAUGAUACACAAUAUAAGUAUUAAAAAAUAUAUAUAUAUAUCAUUGAUAACAUCUCCAAUGUUGAUACUCUUCAUCUCUAUUAUAUAUUAGUACGAUACUACUGAGCUUAUUAUUGAAGACAAUAUAUAUUAAUUCAGCAGCAACUACCGGCUUAACUGUUCAAAACUCGCUAUUUCGUCUUUGGUAAUUUACUUACUGAAAUAUUUGCUCAACUCAAUAUUGAAUAUAAGAAUUACUCAUUCUCAUCAUUACUACACUAAUCUCCCAAACGACGCUUUAGGCUUUGACACCGACACGAGCCGGUUUAUCUGCUGCCUACUUCGACGCUUUGCUGCUAACGAAUCGCUUUGUGGUAUGAGCACCGCAGCAUUGCCGAAAGUGCGGCACUAUUGCAUAAUAAGUAUUUUGUCCAUCUACUGCUCUGCUAACGCAGGUGAUGAAGCGCAGCGAACCGCUGUGCCACGAUUCAUUGCCGAUAAGCCACAAUUCACUGGCGGUUCCUCUACCGACAUACCGGCAAGCAACAGCAACCCGCACUAUAUAAUUUGCAUUUUCGAAUAUCUCUGGUGAUAUUCUACAUACCCAGUUGGUAUAUAUUUAUUAUUCUUUGUCACUUUGGUGAUUCACACUGCUUUGUACCUUUGGUUUUUUUCUUCUUUUUUUCACUAUUGUGUUUUAAGUGUUUGUAAGGGUACACUUUAAAACCUUGGGUACUCUUUUACAAUAUAGCACGAACAGUUAACUUUUUUCUUUUUCUGUAAAUAUGCUCCCUCCCUUAUUUAAUAUAGAACUCCUAUCUGUCCUUUCGUUGUAAUAUCAAUAUGUUAAAUACAGUCUCUCCGCCACCCCCACCCCAAUAUUUUUAUUUAAUCUUCUGCAGAGCAGCACUUUGGCUGAUAGUCCUUCAAUUCUGUUUGAAAUGCCAACCAGUUUCCGUUUUGGAAGCUGAUUGAGAUACAAUCAGAGCGCAAUGUUUAUUCUUUAUGGGAAUCAUUACUUAUUCUGCUUUUCAAGUGCUGAUCAUAGUAAGAGAAUGAAAAUAGCAUAAUUCUAAAUGAAAAAUAAACUUUCAGUCCCAAUAACCUAUCAUUUCUUUCUGCAAUCAGUACUCUAUUACCCAUCACAUUGUAAAAAUAGCAAAAUGAAUAUAAUGCUCAUGUUUGCUGCUAUUGUAGCAAUACCCAGCUUUUCAGAUUUCAGUCUGUACUAAAACUGGUACCUGCCGGAAUGUAUUGUAGCCAAUACAAGUGGGAUGCUGCCCAGAAUUUAGGGUUUCUAUUCACCUAUGUGAGCCUACAAAUAGGAAAUAAGCAAAGGGAAUGUAGCUGUGCAAGGUCUAUGUGACUUUUCAAAGUUGUCCAGAGCUCUCUAGCUGCCUGCAACAUUGAGGGAUGCACAGCAUCUCAUAACACUGAAUUUGAUUGUUAAACAUAACUGAUGAGCAAGGCGUGGCCUGCAGUGUAUAGCACGGACAUGAAUGGGGGCAAGACAACCAGUUAUGUGGUAUUAUACUAGUAUGUCUCCCUGGGCUGCCCUCUGAAAGUUGUCCCAAAAGUUCAGUUCUGUCUGAUCACUGUCUUUACAUAGCAGUCAAGACAGAACAUGUCUAAAGAGGUUGGCUAUAAUGCAGAAAACAAGAUAAGUAUAUAUAAAUAACCCUUGAGCUGAUAUGUUGCGUCUUUAUAGAAAUGUAUUUUUUAAGAAUUGAGGACAGUACAUCUGUUUUACUAGGUUUUAUCGUGUGCAUCUUUUUUGAACAUACGUGUUACUACUUUCAGGUGUGGCUGAUGGUGUCGGAGGAUGGAGAGAUUAUGGCGUUGACCCUUCUCAGUUCUCAGAGACCCUUAUGCGGACUUGUGAGCGUUUGGUCAAAGAAGGAAGAUUUGUGCCAACCAACCCAGUGGGAAUACUCACCUCAAGUUACUGUGAACUGCUUCAGAACAAAGUACCUUUAUUAGGUAAGCACUACAUUCAUUUUUCAAGAAAGUAAUGAUCUAUAGUUAAAGGGCCAAUGUAAGCACCAUAUCAACUUCAUCUGAAUGAAGUUGUUAUAGUGUCAGGAGGCCCCCGGGCACCUUCUUACAGGGGUUAAAUAGUUCUCGACCCCAGUGUGAGCCUCCAACUCCGAUCUCAAAUCCCUGCAGCAGUCAGGUAGAGGCGCUGCUGAUUGGCUGAGAGUGGUCAGCCGAUGCUCUCUGCCAAUCCACGCUGGAUUGAACCAAAGUCACAGGAGUCGAAUGCUUCCAUCAUGACGAGAGGUGAGCAGCUGGAAAAAGUAAAGCUCUUUUUUAUUUUUUUAUUUUUUAUUUUUUUUAAAUACAUUUUUAUUAGGCAUGGUGGGGGGGACACCUGUACAUAGACAGGUGCACUGUAGCAUUAGGAAUACAGUUUUUUUAUUUUAAUUUGUUUUAUUGGGUAAAUUGCAACAUACGAAAAUGUAAGGAAAUUAAUACAGGUUUCUAUAGUGUUCCUUUAAAUGUAGAAAUCAUCGCUGCUGUAUAUACCUACAAAUUGUGACAGCAUUCCUUAGUGUUGGCUCCCUGUCAGUAAAUAUUCACUCUACUCUAGUAGAGAAAAGUAGAGCGAAAACAAGAGAAACAGAAACAAUGAAUUGCAUACAUUAGUGUUGUGGCAGGCUUAUACAAUGUAACUAAGCCCCCAUUAUUUUUGUCUAGUGUAGGUGUUUAAAAAAAAAAAAGUUUUAAAAACUCUUCCGUUCUUUGAAAUUGCUGUUUAGUGAACAGUGAAACUGUUCCCCCGAACAUAGACUAGCUCUCUAACGUGGGGAUUCCCUUGAAUCGCCACGCUAGAGAUCUGGUCGAAAGUGCGAGCAGUCGUAAAACCGGUAGGUCGUAAAGUAAGGACCACGUGUAUACGCAGAUGUUUGUGUGUGGUUUAGUAGAGCCCGCCUUAAAACUGUAGGUUAACAGAACACUCACUUGAAUAUUGAGUGAGUGGAUAAGGCGGGGGUAUUGUGGAAAACUUACCUAGUGUGGGAAUAGCAUACCUAUUGCUCAGGAGGUGAGCAGGGUAUGGAAUACCUUAAUAAGCAUGGCUGCAAGUGAUUAAGUAUGGUGUCAUGCUAUGCUGUCACUUUGUGGAAUAAUUAAGCAGAAAAUAUCGAGGUGGGGGAAAGGGGGGAGUUGAGUAAGAGAACUCAGUGAUUGCCCACCUCUUCCUCUAACAUGUGGAAGGCUAAGUUAGGGACAAACGGAGACUUGAUAUGAGCUUAAACAGGCACAGGGAAGCACUAUAUAGAAAAUCAUAAAUUACAAUGAAGUGGGAUUGAUAGAAAUGCAUAUUUGUAUGCAAAACUGGGUCACCUAAAUGCUCAGGUGAGUAGAGAAAUGCAUGGUAGGAUUGGGAGUGUAUCAGUACCUAGGCCAGAUGAACCUGCAGACCCAUGUGAAACAUUGAGCAUGAUAAGGGAAUAAAAGUACCAAAAUCAAACAAACAAAAUAUGUACAGUCACAGCCUAAUAGUUUUGGCCGGCCCUUUGUUCAGGUAUGCAAGAAGCAAGGUAAUACAUUGCCUAGUAUAGUAUUUGUAGGUAAAUAGGUUUUAUUUGACUUUACUGAAUAUGUUAAGUUAAACAGAACAUAUGCUUUGCUCUGUGCUGUGGCAAAGACCAGUAUUUAAUUGACCAAAAACCUCCUGGUCUUUUUUGCCCAUCCACAACUAAUGGAAGUAUUUUACUUUGAAACGAUCAAUUCCCUGUAAUAUAAACUAGUUCACCAAUCCAGAAGGUGACAUUGGGCUGAAUUAUAUCUGCAAAUCAGAAAUCUUGUGGUGGAGUAGAUGUUCCAAAUGUAAUUUGAAAGGUCACUCACCACUAAAGUGUUGAUGCUUCAGAGACAAUUUUAUUGCUUUCUUAGGCUAGGAGAUGAUCAUUAAAUGUUCUGUGUUAUUUAUACUGGGUUUUCCAUAUAAAUGUACACAACCUGUUCCUGAUCAUGUUCCAAAGUAAUCCUGCACUUGUAUGUGAGACCUCCUUAUUGAUAUAUGGUAUAAUAUGUGACAGAGUCCUGGCAUUAUAUAAAGGUUUUUUUUUUUUUUUCCCCUCAGUGUUUUCAUGCACUCAGUGAAGGGAAGCUUAUUUUAUAACUUUAUUGCAAAGGGGCUUUAAUAAAUGUGUAUAUAUACCCAUGGGUUUUUAGGUGGAAUCUAUUCAUAAUACAGAAGGGAACCUACUGCCCCCACUCAUUGGAGUGCAAGAGGGAAAAGAUCAGUAAGCUUGAUGCGAUCUUCGUAGUUUACUUCUAUUGAUGUGUUAUUUUUACGUUCUGCAACCAUAUUAUUGCAGUUGCGAUUAACCUUAAUGCAUUGUACUACUGUAAUACUAUUGUAUACCAGUCUAUGCUGUAAUAUGUUAGCAUUUCCAACUGCAAAUGUGUGCAAACUGAUGUGAAUAAAAGCAUUUCUUCAAUGAAAAAAAAUAAAAAAAUAGAAAGUGUGUUGAACUGUAGGAUGGGAUGUAAAUGUGUCUAGCUGUAAUAAAGUAGCUAAUGUUUGUGUAUGUCUUAGUUAUUGGUAACAGCUGGUAAACUUGCCUUUAAUCCAGUGCUGGGAUCAUGUCUUUUCUGCAGCCGAUUUGCCUCCAGUGAAGCCAUUAACUCUGACAUUCUGUUCAAUCCAUUGACAUUGAACUUACAGGGAGUAUGUCUGGAAAUGAUUGCGCUCCACCAAUCCAGAGAUUCUAGAGGAGCAUUAAAUUCAGUUCCUAUCUAAGAGAAGCAAUAGAUGCCUUUUUAAGAAAACCUUAAAAUCUUCAAAAAUGAGGAAGCACUUCUAAUGUCUGUCAGUCAUGACGGCCACUAAAGACAUAUUUUCAGACGAAUGUAAGCAUAGCCAAAAUAUUACUUUGCCAGAAAAAAUUGGGAGAAUCUUUGGGCAAAAACUACUUGAUUAAGGUAUGUUUUGGUGUGCUUACGGUGUCAAUUUAACAGUCCACUAAAGUCAUCCAGGCCACUUCAUCUCAAUAAAGUGAUUUAUGUGCAGUGGCCGUGUAAUUUUUUCCAUGCAAUGUGUAAAACAUUGCAGUUAAAGGACCACUAUAGUGCCAGGAAAACAUACUUGUUUUCCUGGCACUAUAGUGCCCUGAGGGUGCCCCCACCCUCAGGGACCCCCUCCCGCCCGGCUCUGGAAGGAGGAAAGGGGUAAAAACUUACCUUUUUCCAGCGCUGGGCGGAGAGCUCUCCUCCUCCUCUCCGCCUCCGUUACGCCCCGCCGGCUGAAUGCGCACGCGCGGCAAGAGCUGCGCGCGCAUUCAGCCGGUCACAUAGGAAAGCAUUAUCAAUGCUUUCCUAUGGACGCUGGCGUGCUCUCACUGUGAAAAUCACAGUGAGAAGCACGCAAGCGCCUCUAGUGGCUGUCAAUGAAACAGCCACUAGAGGAAAUAGGGGAAGGCUUAACCCAUUGAUAAACAUAGCAGUUUCUCUGAAACUGCUAUGUUUAUUUAAAAAUGGGUUAACCCUAGCUGGACCUGGCACCCAGACCACUUCAUUAAGCUGAAGUGGUCUGGGUGCCUAGAGUGGUCCUUUACACACCUCUAACGGUUGUCUUCCUCACAGCCACUAGAGGUGCUUUCUCUACAAUGAGACCAGAUGCAGCUCAAAAGAAAGUGCUGAAUUCAAUGCUUUCCUAUGAGAAACCUUUGGAUGCAUGUUCACCUUGCCUGCGCAUCAGUCCCCAAUGCUCCUCUUUGCUAAACUACUCCGGCACUAGGACACUGUAGUGUUGGGGAUAUAGGUUUGCAUUCCCAACUCUACAGCAGGGCUGCCCAAUCGUUACAUCCCCAGAUGUGGUAGAACUACAACUCCCACAAUGUUUUGGUAGGUUCUUUGCUAAAAUCUUAAGUUUGUAAAGCAAUGCCCUAAUAUUGCUGAAUGGUUUAUAAUUUAUAAUUUUUCUAAAUGGUUAACGUGUGUUUUCAGCAGCGCAGGUGAACUCUUCAGUUCUGUCGUAAGCUGGUGGGGUAAAACAAUUUUGUGUUUUAAAAUUAUGUAAUUUCCAGCUUUUGUUUAUAGAAUAGAAUUGUCAUUCGAUAUAGAUAUAUAUGUGUGUGUGUGUGUAUUGUUUGCACACUCUGCCUUGGUGUUAACUUAUACUUUCUUUUCCUGUCUUUUUUUAAGGAAGCAGCACUGCUUGUCUAGUGGUUUUGGACAGAACAAGUCAUCGUUUACACACAGCAAAUUUAGGUGAUUCUGGUUUUCUUGUGGUUCGAGCAGGUGAAGUUGUUCACCGAUCAGAUGAACAGCAGCAUUAUUUCAACACUCCGUUCCAACUGUCUAUAGCACCUCCAGAAGCAGAGGGUGUUGUUCUCAGUGACAGGUACAUGUGCCUCUGUUUACUUGAUUGGGGCAUUGGUUAUCUAUGUAUGUAAGACUUUCUUUGACAGUCUUGGCACCUAGGGUGCAACUAAAUUGUUUUGUUUUUCCCCUCAGCUGUAUGUGUCAUUAUUUGGAUCCAGCAUUGUAUUAUGUGGUUAUAUGCACCGAAGAAACUAUUCUUUGAUUGGCGCUAAUCUUUGUGUAUAUAAACACGUGAUGGCACAGAGACAACCCACUGUCAUCAAAAGCUUGUAAACAGACAUGCAUAUCAGUGGUCGCCAGUACAUUUAAAAUCAAGAACUACUCGUAGUUACUGUUCCUUAAGCUAUACUAAAUAUUCUAGAAAACCCUGGGUGCAUGAGUUGGAGCUCAUAGGAUGUAGAGCUAAACUGAGAUACAAGAUUAUGCGUGGAAUGUCAGCCUUAAAAAUAAUCAACUAUUCCCCAGACCACUAAUCAAGGAAAAGCUAAAUGCGGGGUUCCUGCAUCUAUUAAAACAUGUCAUUGUUGGUGUGUGUAUAGCCAACUUUUUAGAUACUGCCUGCGUUCACUGGGUGAGGCAAGCCACAAAACCUGCAUAUUUGGGUGUGCCUUGAAGACAGGGAUGGGUAUCACUUAGAGGACAAACUAGUUAAAUCAAUGGCAUGGCAGUUUGUGACCAUCCAUAUAGAUUACAGUGAAGAUAGCUGUGUGAGUAACCGUAUUUGGAAAGGGCUUGUGCCAUUAAAUUAAAAUCAAGAGAUUUAAAUAUUUUGUUCUUGCGCUGCUCCCUCCUUCUAGCGUAGCUUACCUGUUCUGUUGUUCUGUACUCUCCCUCCCCCUUUUGGUGGUCUCUCUUUCCCAAAAAAUACUUCUGUCCCCUGAUAUUUACCUCAUACAUAAUGCCUUUUAUUUUUCAUAACUUUAGUUUUUAUUUUUAUUUGUCUUUCAACAUCAUGCCUAGUAUCAGUUUAUAGAGUUUACUCUGAAGUUACUAGUAAUAUACCAACAUAAACAUUUGCAUAGGAACUUGCCAGAGUUGCCCAAUUCCAUUUCUUUUUCUUUAAAAGAAAUAUAAAUUAAAAGAUCAACAGAAUCCACUUGUGGGUCUGUCUGCAGCAGUCUGCAGACGCCUCCCAUACCAGUUAGACGCUCUAGUCAGGAGCUUCUCAUGCUAGUAUAUAGGGACUGAUCGUAUGUCAUGGAUUCCUGACAAGCAGAGUUUAAUAGCAUAAACAAUUUAUCCCUCACUGUUAGUUUCAAUCAUCUCAUGAUUAUUUAAAACAUGCAUGAAAUUAAAUACCCAGACUUCACAUGUUCUGCAGUGAGCUGUGUCCAGACCAAAAAAGUGAACAAGCCAGUCAUAAUUCUAUUUUGCCAUAAAAUGUCAAUGCUGAACAAAUCCCCUCACCGCAGUGUUUUAUGAACACAUGGGUUCUGAGAGUUGUCAUUCGACAAUAGAACGCCAAUGGAUUAACCUCUCCUUGAGACCAUUGCAGGCAUUACAUAUGGCUGUUACUGAAGCAAAAAAAGGAAUUAAAGAACCUAAUGGUGCAAAGCUGGUGUUGAGGGGGUGGAGUGUGUCUGCUGAGUUUAUUUUUACAGCUGCACUUUAUAAUCUUUAUGAAAUACACAUAUUGACAGUCAAGAGAUUUACUGAGUCAAAGAAGGGAUUUUUCAGUAUUUUUCCUCCACUUAACAAUUCUAGACACUUAGUGGAAAUACCACCAUCAAGAAGUGUCAAUCCCCCUGCGUCACCAGUGAUGGCUGCAGAUAAAUAAUUAGCUCUGUCUAAGAAGGGUCUUGCGGAAUCUUCAAAAGAACUUUAUGAUGUCCUCUUGUGCAUGCACGAGAAUACAGCAUUGUCGGUGGCUCUUGGCAGUUGAAUCUCCAGGGGUAGAAGAGGACCCACUGGAAGAGGAUGGCUGCGCCCGCGAGGGAUAGGUUUAGGUAAGUAAAAUUCGCCUUUGCCUGCCGCUACGCAAUACCUAGCAGUAAUAUCACUGUCAGAGGUCUUUGGAAUUCACGCAAAGUCCCCUGACAAUGACAGUGCUACUUUAAGAAAAUACUUGGCAGCAAGCUGCUUGGUGGGAGUGUAUGGAAAUGAGUUUUCUCAUAGGAUGUGCCUUUUGUAAAAAAACAAACAAAAAAAAAAAACAAUUUUAAAUAGUAGAUGAGCAGUAGAUACUGGCAUAUGAUACACAUUCACAAGGGAUCUGAAUAUUACACUGAACUUUGACACACAAUAGCAAAUGUUAAAGCCCUGAUUAUAUUCGAUUAUACCUAUUCUUUUGCUUGCUGCUUUUAGAUAAUGUAUCUGUAAAACUUGUUUUCCCUGUGUGCUAACUCACUUUGAGCUGGACUAAAAAAAAAAAAAAAGCUGUGCAGACUAUUUGAUAUUAAAUGACUACAAAAAAAGCCUUUUGUAUUUUCAGUGAACUUGGUUUACUUUCUUUUUUCUUUAGUCCCGAUGCUGCUGACAGUAGUACAUUUGAUGUGCAACUGGGCGAUAUUAUUUUGACUGCUACUGAUGGACUUUUUGACAAUAUGCCAGAUUACAUGAUUCUUCAGGAGUUAAAGAAGUUAAAGGUAUAUUAAAAUGGGUUGCAUUAUUGUCUGUGCAUGUGCUCACUCCACCAGUAAAUCAGAUGCAUAGAUCUAACCUUACGCAGUUGUCCAUAUUUCUGGCUCACUGUGGUCUUGAAUGAAAUAAAAUCUAGGAAGUGACUAUAGAUACUACCCCAAAACUAGUCUUUGCGUGUGUUUUAAUCCUUUUUUACAGAUCUUAGCGUUUUGUUUAGUUGUUAAUGGAUUAUUGUCAUAAAUUACCUAAUUUUAUUUGAAGGGACAUUAUAAUCACCAGAACAACUAUAGUUUCAUGUAGUUGUUCUGGUGUCUACAGCCUGUCUUGCAGGCUUUCAUGUAAACACUGCCUUUUCAGCCAGCAGCGACAAGUAAACUCACCAUUUACUCCUAUGACAGGGGGGUUGGGGACCUUAACGUCACUUUUACAACUAUAGUGUCAGGAAUAGAUGAUGUUUGUAUUACACAAUAGUGUUCCUUUAACACAGGGGUUCUCAACCCAGUCCUCAGGACCCCCUACCAGUCCAGGAUUUGGGGAUUACCUGGGUGUGUCUCAGGUGUUAAGAAAAAAUGGAAAAAAACACCUUAGACUCUAAGGUGUGUUUUUUUUUUUUUUUUUUUAAACACCUUAGACACACCCAGGUAAUCCCUAAACCCUGGACUGGUAGGGGGUCCUGAUGACUAACAUUGAGAACCCCUGCUUUAACAUAUGUUGAUUGUUUAGGCAAGUACUUGGCAAUUACAUUUAUUGUGACGAGGCAUAUGUAUUUUAAUUUUUUUUUAUUUAUUUUUUUAGGGGGUGAGGUGUUGUUUAUAGCAUACCUUCCAACAUUUCAAAUAGAUAGAGACUCUUUAGUUUUAGGGGUGUGGCCAGAGGCGGGGCUGUUCUGAGUUUUCAAGUGACUUACUAAUAACAAUGUAUGUAAUUAAGAAUAAGAACAAUGUGUCGUAUUUAAACAGACUGAUUUUUAAACAUAUUUAUUGUAGUUUAAAGAUGCCUUACUGUGAGUUUUAUUGCUCUGGUAUAAAAUCAGUUUCCCAUGACCUGUGCAAGAUAUUGUGCAGUCCGUGUAUGCAUGGUAUGCCCUAGCUGUAAAACUCCUAAGUCUCUGGAAUGGGCUUUCACUUUCUAUGUGAAAACCUAAAUGGCAGCCACAGGCAUAUUAUAGCGUAAUGACCAGCAUGGUCCUUGUACUAAAAUGUGUGGUAAAUAUUUGCCUUGCGGGGGAGGAGGGCGGAGCCAGCACUCGAGCAGAGCAGACGCCAUCUCGCUGAGCUCCAGCAAGAACGGCACAAAAAUCAAUAUAAAAACGAGAAAAUAAGCAACUACACAGCGGCACACAGUGACAACACGCCUAGAUACCCUGCUACAUAGACCGAUGCCCUUCUUCCACUCCCCACGGACGAAGGGACCGAAACGCAGGUCUGAGGCCUACCACGCGCCCUCCAUCUCCAGACUUGAGUACCUCCUCGGCAGAUCUCUGGAGGGAGACCCAUUCUGGCAGACCAAACCGCACGCACUGACCCCACAGACAGUGGGAACACCAUGGGACAUCGAUCCCAGAGACCUGCAGCAGCCGUGGUGUCCGACACGAGAGACAUCGGAACGCUCCUGCAGCAACAACCGCAACACAAAAUGGCGACCGCAAAGAACAAGGAGGUAUCCCCUGCACCAAGCCCCGCAGAACCAGCAGCCCCACCACCACAGCUCACCACUGGAGCAGAGCUCACAGUGACUACAGCACCCUUGCUGACCCAGGGAGGGCCCGAGCUGGCUAUCAAGCAGGACAUUCAAACCUUCAUGCUAGAAAUCAGAAAGUGGCUGGAAUCAGACAAUGCAGUGAUAGAGGAGGUUCAGGCAGUAACUGACAGGGUCCAUGCCUCAGAAGAGGACAUUCUGGACAUACGCAAGGACGUGUCUGCGAUGCAAGACACCAUAAGGCCUCUCAACAGGCACUUAGCACACAAAUGACUGCCAUGGAAGACCGCUACAGACGACAACAUAUUAAGAUUCGCGGCAUACCUGAUGAUAUCCCUUUAGAAGAACUACCUCUCUACCUAAGACGGCUGUUUGCGACUAUACUACCCCAGCCACAGGCAAAGAAGAUAGCCCUUGACGGGACAUAUCACCUCCCAAAGUCCCCUAAUGCACCCCCGAACGUGACAAGUGAUGUAGUGGUGCGCUGCUCCUACUUUCAAGAUAAGGGACAUGUCAUGACAGCAAUCCGAGACAAGACCCAUACUCAUUUGAGAAUUUUCAACUCAUAUUCUAUCACGACCUCACUAGGUCCACACUCCAAUGGCGCAGAUCCCUCAAGGCAGUGACAAACCAGCUGAAAGACUCUGGAGUGGCUUACAACUGGGACUCUCCAAGGUCCCUCAUAGUGAAGCACCAAGGAAUAGUCUGCCGGCUCUCCAACAUCACUAAGGCUCCCGUCUUCUUGCAAGCUUUGGGACUACCUACACUGCCCCCAGAGACUACACGUACGACCCCAACCUGGGACCCAAGCCAUGUGGUCCACUUCGUCCCGCGAGGCCAAACGGAGGCUCGCCUGGAUACCUAACUCCAGACAAACCAGAAAAGGCAGUUAAUAUCCUUACUGUUAUAAUAUGUACAAGUUUAACAAUGUUCAGCACGUAUAUUUUAUUUCUGUAUUUCAGUUAUGUUUUUCACUUUCCGCACCGUAGAUUGCAACCUCUCUAAGGGAAUAGCCCAAAUGGGGGCAACUUACUUUACCCGCUCAAAAGAGCAUAGCCUCAGCCCUCUUUGGACAUACCACAAGCGGUGGUAACCCAAGCAGUCAUGAGCACAGGUGAUAGACCUCAUGUAAGGGUCACGACCCCCUAGCCGAUCCCAACAAGGUGACCACACCGCCUAUAACUAAUAUCACCUUGAGCCCAUGCCAACAAUCGAUCAUAUCAAGCUUCUCAUGUUUGACUCCCGGCCCUUUGGGCCAAAUACUCGAGCUUAACAUACCCUGCCUGACUCAGCACAGGAAUGCCCACGUAGACCGGUAUACCUACAGUGGCCUACACCACAAGUAGACACACGCCUAUGGGGAGACUCCAGGGAACUAACAAAACGUGUAUUUUAACUAUAACAGUUCCUAUGGGAGGCAUAAAAACCCUCCUUAAACCUGCACCACCGGGUCGAUGACACAUUCCCCGCACAAACACGUCUACCCUAGGUGGCACUCCGUACUUAACUAACUAAACGUGUAAACCCAUCCAGAAGAAAUAGCGUACUAUACAUCAAUCGUGUAGCUAAAAUGCCAACAUGCUUCAGUUCACUUGAAAUGCCCAACAUACCUAUCGAGCUUUCUCUAUAAUGUACAAGUGAAUUACAAAUCAGCCUGUUUAUUUUUUGGUUAUAAAAAUGUGUGUGACUAUCUCAUGCCAUGACACUGUUUAUUCCUGUAAGUAAAUGCAUUGCUUGUCAACCCUGUCGGGGUGCUACAAGCAGAUUGUUUUUCUCCUUUGCACAAGAAAAAUAAAGAAUUUUUAAAGAAAAUUGCCUUGCUCAUUUGCUUGCUGUCUGGUUUACUGUUAAAAUUGACCAAAUCUAUAGAAAUGUGCUUAAUCAGUUUUAAAACAGUUGAGUUGCAAAUUUAAUCUGACGUGAACUGAUUAGUGUUACCUUUGUUGAGCCAAUUGGAACACUAUAGUGUUAAGAAUUGCUGCAAAGUUUUACAUUGCAGGGUUAAGGGAACAGGGACAUUACACCCAGACCAUUUCAGUGAGAUGACGUGGUCUGGGUGCCAAUAGUGUCCCUUUAUAGAUUGUAGUAAGUAGACUUGGUGUUUGGCUGUAUUUUCAUUAUAUAUAUAUAUAUAUAUAUAUAUAUAUAUAUAUAUAUAUAUAUAUAUAUAAUUUUUUAUUUUUUUUUAACCUAGCUUCUAUGUUCACUCACUACACCUUCCUACAGAAAUAACCACAAACAUUGAAUGUUUCAAAAUGUAAUACACUAUGGUCACAUCUAUAUGUGUGUGUAUUUGUGCUGUUUGGCAGUCUGUUUGCAUAAUUGUUUUUACAUUUUUUUAAAUUUUUUUUUUACACAUAUGUAUUUUGUUUUAGAAUGCAAAUUAUGAAAGUAUACAGCAGGCGGCACGAAGCAUUGCAGAGCAAGCACACGACCUGGCAUAUGAUCCAAAUUACAUGUCACCUUUUGCACAAUUUGCAUGUGACUAUGGAUUGAAUGUUAGAGGUGAGUACAUUUCUCUAGCUAUGGUGCUAAGAGACUGUUGAGUAAGUGACUUUGUUUUAAAGCAGUCCGAAGGGAAAUAAAAAGCACCUCAAUUCCAUCCCUUGGUUGUAGAUACUAUUAACUUAUUUUCAGCCCAAAGUAUUUUAAAGUAUGGGGUUUAUUUACUAAAUUGUGAAUUCUUGUGAAAUGCAUUUUUUUAGGUUAAAAUAACCAAGCUGUGACUACAGCAGAAUUAGGUUGUCUAUUUUUGCAAUUUUGUUUUCAAUUCACUGCCAUUUAGUGAGGAAACACCUGUGUGUAUUCACAGAAUUCCAAAUCGAUUCCAUUGAUUUAGCUUCACUACGGUUGAGCCACACACAGAUUGAAGAAAAAAGUUACGCUCAUUAUCCGCACAGUUUAAGAAGUCUGGUAGACUCUCGUGAAAGGAUCAGUCAUUAUGAAGAGGGAAAAACCUUUGUAAUUCAGGUUUGAGCUGCAGUGUUAGCAGUAUAUCUGGCAGCUCUGAUCUGCAAUGUAUAUAGAAGUUAUGGAGAAAAGGCUAGUGGAAUUCACAUCCACUAGUUAAAUGAUUAAAGGGACACUAUAGUCACCAAAACAACUUUAGCUUAAUCAAGCAGUUUUCAUGUAUAGAUCAUGCCCUUGCAGUCUCAAUGCUCAGUUCUCUGCCAUUUAGGAGGUAGAUUACUUUGGUUAUAAAGCCCUAGUCACACCUCCCUUCAUGUGACCUACACAACAUUCCUAAACACUUCCUGUAAAUUGAGAUCUAAGACUAGCCACAGGCUAUAUCACAGCCUGCGAACUGUGUCUGAAGAACUGCAUUUACAUGGUCUGGCCUGUGUUUACCAAGAUUUAAACUACUUUCCUGUGAUCUGAAUUAUUGCUCCAGUGCCGUGCCCAUUGUUUGCGUGGAGUACUUGGAUUAUAAAAUAUACCUUUUUUAAUUUUUAAUUUUUCUGUCCACGAAAAUGGUAAUAUACUAGUUUACUCCAGGUACAGGGUGUUCUUUUAGAAAUAUUAAAAUGUCUGCUGCAGUAUAUAAGCAGUGUGUGCUUUGGAUUAAUAGAAUAGUUAUUUGAAAAAAAGUACUUUUAUUAAUAUCACGAUGCAUUUGUUUUUUGCAGGUGGUAAACCAGAUGAUAUCACUGUUCUCCUUUCAAUUGUGGCUGAAUAUACAGACUGAUAAACCUGGAACAUCUGCUACAACAUUUUUUUUUUUUUUUUUUUUACUACAAGUAGAACUUAAUAUACGUUGCACUGUUAUCCUGCUGGCAGGAUCACAAUUUCAUUGGCCAGUUUUGAAAGAAAGCUAAAUGGUGUGGGUGUUUUUUUAAUACAACUGAGGUCAAUGUGGAAACCACUGCUGUCUAAUCAAAGUGUUGUUCUAUAGCGAAAAUUCUUUCUAAAGAUGGAACUAGGCUCAAUUAGUGUAUUGACAAAAGUUAAAAUGGGGGGGGAAAUGUAAUUGUGUUUUUUUUUUUCCCUUAAAUUGUUACAUUAAUACUGGGUAUAGCAUUGUUUUGUUUUUGUUUUGUUUUUUAAUUUAACACACAAUGCUUCCUACAGAUUGAUGUACAUAGCGUUUUCUAGGGCUGCAAGUUUAGAUAAUCAAGUAGCUUGUAGCUCUGUGAUAAUUAGCUGAGCAUCACAGGGCUUGGUAUACAAGAAUGCUACCUGCCACCAGUGUGUGAUUUGCUACACAAAUCAAGAGUGUAGUUGAAUACCAUGUUUCUUUUCUCUUACUUUGUUUACUCUAAACUUGUAGCCCUUGUGAUAUUCCCCUUGUUUGUUACCAAAAAGCACACUUGGAGACCUCAACUAUGGUUAGAAUUCUUUAUUGUUUUUUUACUUAAAUAUUACCUGGCACAGUAAUGGUUAGUUGUGGUUUAUUCUUUUGUUGUUUUUUUUUUUGUUGUUGUUUUUUUUGUGUAUCUGUUUUUCGUUCAAUGCUAUAAGCCUAGUGUGAUACUCAGCUGCUGUAAGACUACACAAUUGGGGUCAUAAAUUCCUUCCAUUAUUAAUUGUAUGCUAUUUCUAAGGAUACUUAAAGCCAUGUUAUAUAUACAUAUGCACAUAUAUGUAUAUGAGUAAAUUAUGUAUGUAUAUGUGUGUGUAUAUAUGUGGACAGAGAAAAAUGUGUGUGUAUAUAAAAUAUAAUAUUUUUUUAAAUAUUUCAGGUAACAGUGAUUAAACAGAAUGUCGGUCAAUAAUAUUUUGGGGUUACAUUUUAGUGGAAAUUUGUCAUUUGAGUUAAAUCUAAAAUAUUGUUUCUCGAAAGAAAUAUGACUGAUUUCUAUGUAUUUUAACUAUGUGGUGUGUAAUGUUACCUCGGAUUGUACAUGGUUUUCUUUUUGUGAAUUUGUACUGUAUAUUUGCAUAACUAUAUGGUUAGCUUUUAUUUAAAUACUUAACAUGUACUAUGUACAUGACGUAACAUUAGUGCAUCAUGCUUGUAACAGGCAUUUCAUUCUAAAUGGUAAUGAGUUAUUCAUUUGUAAGCAGUUAAAGUGUGUUUUCUUCCUAAAUUGGUAUCUUGUACACUUGAGGUCUGAAGGACUUCUUAAAUUGCCUUAACUGCCUGAAACUUGACAAAGUCACUAAUCUAGCUUGUGAUUUCAUAAAGAGUGCUGUGCAUUAAAACAAGUAAUACAGCAAGUGAUAUUUUUAUAGUCUUAUAUUUUUCUCCCUUCGUUAACAUUUUAAAAUUGGUCUUGUUUGCUUUAUUGCAGUGGUUCUUUACUUUUUUGAGACCCGCAUCUCAUUCUUCAGCUGGAACGCAAUAUCUACAAAAUUAAAGUGGGUGUAACACAUUCAUUACACUUCUCAGUGCCCAAGGGGUUUCCCUUAUCCUAGAGAAGGUAGUGCUGCUUUAGGAAACCAUUUAUUGUUGGCAAACGUCUAAGAUCUGAUUAACAUGUACCCAACAUAGGGGACCUAAUAAAUAGGAACCCAUUUUACAGGUUCAAAUCAAAAGUUAAGAACCACUGCUGUAAAGGGUCAUCUGGUAGAGCAUCAAGUAAAUAACAUAGGUAUGAUGCUUAAUGCAAAGGUGUGUUUGGGUUUUUUGGGGAGGGUUCUUUUAUUUAACACAGGUUUUCUUGAAAACAAUAUUGUGCCAUGCACAAAUGAGAAACAUUUCCCUAUAUAAAUGAAUAGAACCUGCUAAUGCAUGCUUAGUACGAACAGAAAUGGCUUCCUAUUCACCUAAAAAUUAUUUCAAAAACCACUUGCUUAGAUGAGUAAACAAACUACAAGCAGCUUCCAAUCACUUAUAUGAGCUGAAGCCAUGCAGAUAUGCAGAGCAUGUCAGUACAUUCCAUUAAUUUUUUAAUGAGUAUUUAUGGGAGUAUAUUCGUGGAUGACGUCAUGCACACAUCCUCAAGUCCUUUGCAGAAAGAAAGUCGGAGUUUACCAUUUGGCCAAGAUAUCCCAAGCAGUCUCUUACUGAAGCUGAUGUCGCUUUUGGAGGAUCAGGAUUUAGUGGUUUGCUGCAGGAGACCCAAUUUCAAUGUAUUUUUUAUUUUAUUUUUUCAAUAUUCUAGAGGUUAUACAUUAAUAUGGACAAAUAUUCCCAUAAUUAACCAUCAUUCCUCCCAAGGAUAGGCAAUGUACACAUUCCAGCCUAUGUGGAUAUCAAAUCAGUUGAUCGGUCAAGUUUGAGCAUUACUGACUUUUGUAGGGAUUAUAAUCCAUAGUUGCUGGAAUGCCUAGAGGUUGCUUUUGCCUGCAUUCUCAUGCCACCAUUUUUCUGAUAUCCCCUAGCUGAGCCAUUUAGCGAUUUUGGAAAACAAGGCUUAUGUUGUAUAGUUCAAGUGAAUGUAUCUUUGUUUUAAUUACUCCAAAUUAGUCCUCUAGAUUAUUUUAAGAGAAUACAAAGUUAAAGUCUAAUAAUGAAGUGACUGCAAUUAUUCACUUGACCAAUAUUUUGUAAACUGGAUUGGGCACUCAAUCUAAGCCAGAAAAACGCAAACAUUUUGCAUAAAGGCUGGGUCUUAAAACAACUGAAAAACUAAAGCAUAUUUGCAAGGUACAGUUUACUUGUAGAAAUAUGUUCCAUUAUAAUCUUCUGUUACCUGAUUUGUAUUAAUUACGCAAAUCAUAUUCUCCCUCCCCCCCAAAGUUUUUUUUCCUUCUGCUUGCUUGCUUAUCAGAUUUGUUUGACCUUACUAACUUGUGCCUUGGUUGUAAAUUAAUUUACAACGUGUGUGUGUUAACGAUAGAUAACACUGAUUCUUAAACCAAUCCCAUUUUGUGUAAUUCUUACUAUAAUUCUACUCUGCACUAGAUGAAGGAACACUCCAGGGUGUAGGUGGCCACGAUCAUCAAAGCAUUGGAUAUACUAGAAAGUUCUUGUAUUUGCUGCAAGAUAUUAAACUGCUGUGGCGGCCUAUUACUGGACCUGCAAGUUUUGAACUCCUAUAUUUUUCUGCAGAGGAUUUUCAGAUCUAAUUUUUAUUCGACUAUCCACUGCAAGAUGUAUAUUCCUAAACAAUUAGAUUAAUUUAUGGGGGAAAAAAAUCACAAAUCAAGCGAUUACAGGUAGAAAACCACAACUUCUAUUUUCUGAUUCGUAUUUUAUUUUAUUUUAUUUUAGACUGGGUGAAUAAGAACCCCACAUAAAAAACAAACCUUUUGGAUGUGUCUUUCUGCUGUCUAAAUGUAUAAACUAGAUUUCCCAUAGUUCAAACAAGGCUUAAAAGCUAUAAGAGUGAUGUUUUAUGUUCUCUCUCCAUAUUUCUUAUAGCCAAAAACUGAUAGUACUCCAAGCACUUUGUUUUGCAAUCACUAUAAAAUAUAGCUUUUAUUUAGCUUAUUAAAAAUGCUGACAUUUUUAAUAAGCUAAAUAAAGCUACAAUUUAUUUUUACUUUAAAACGAAGCCCUUGGAGUGCUAUCAAUAUGUGCUACAAAUAUAUUUUUCAAUUUAAUUUUUUUUUAUUUUUACAUCCUACCAAACUUCACAAGUGAUCAAAAUUUAACUUCACAUACAGUGGCUCGUUAGGUUUCUCACCAACAAAUGCCAAAGACGAGAAAAAUGAAUAGCUUUCCAUCUCCAUUUAUUAAAGCAAUACUGUAUUUGUAUAGAAUAAAUAUUUUUAUCCCGAUGCUAGUGACACUUAUUUUGUGUGAUGUUUUUAACAUAUCUGCCUAAUUUCUUCCGCCAAAGCUGUUUGCGCACAAGACAUCUGACAAUGCGAACCCAGGCACUUUCUAUAAGUGUAAAUACCUUGUGAUGAUAUGUAAAGUUAUGAGUCAGUACAGUUUUCUUAAUGGGAGAUAAUGUCCCAUGUUUUAUGGUUGCAUUAAGUGAAUGUUGAUUCCUUUUUUUUCCUCAUCCGAAAAGGGAUAGCUGCUUAGUUGCUAUGUAAUCAGGAUGUUAAAUUACAUAAUGUCGAUCUGUAUGGAGAGAGUGCAUGUAUUAGCUGAGUAAGCCUGUUGAAUGAGAAAUGCAGUAUAAAAAUAGUGAGACAUAGUCCACCGGAAGGUCUUUUGGUUAGUAUUAUUACUAGCUGAUCCUGGCACUGCAUAUGUUUUUAAUCUAAGUUCUGCAUUAUGCUUUGCCAGCUUAAAUGUGUAGAGUGAUGUGUGUAGAUAUGGGUAUGCUAUGUAGAUAUACAAUUUCUUUUCUCUCUUUUUUUUUUUUUGUAUGUCAGAACACAUAGUCUUAAAAUAAUUUCUUAGACUUUAAGAGUGCAUAAAUGCAUAAAAUAGAUGUUGGUUAUAUGCUUAAGAAAAUAAAGUAUUUUAUUUCCAUGAGGGAUGCGUGUUUUGUUAAAUAUAGUGAUUUUUUUUUUUUUUUUUUCUUAGGCAAAAGUCUACAUUUCAUGUAUGAAAUACUGCUUUACAGGAAUAGCUUUGUACAUACAAUUAAAUCAACUGUAAGAAAUUAUUUAAUAAAAUUAGUAUUUAUACUAAAAUUGCCUUAUUUGUGUGACUUUAUUUUUCAGUGUCUUAAAAAAAAAAAUUAAAAAAUCAAGAUAUCCAGGUCUGGGGUUUUAUAUUGGCUUCAGGCCAGUCUGCUUUUAAAUUACUAAAUCUGUACUCUGCCAUUGUUUUAGGCAAAGAAAGAACAUUUAUUUUUGUAUUUAAUUGUAGACUACUAUAAAAUAAUG